CUGAGGCUGAGCGCAAAAGGGUGAACAGGAAUUAGCCAGGAAAAGUGGAGUAGACAGCAGUCCAGACAACACAUUGCAAGUCAACCCAUAGAAGUGGAUCGUGGAAUUCUAGGCAGACAGUGACUGAAUGAAGAUGGAAGGACAGGGAGGUGGUAGCCACAUCAUAGAGAGCCUCUUAUCCAAAGAACCCUGGACUUCAUCUUCCCAGGCAGGGAGAAACGAGGGAGGAAUUUAGAGUAGGGAAAUGACUUGACCUGGUCAGUCUAGUGGGCAUGGCAAAGGUGGGUGGGAGGGGCCAAGAUGGAAUGCAGGGAGGUGCCUGAGGUGGAGGCAGGGGUGAGCCAGGAAAUGUUUAGGACGUAGAAUCCUCAGGAAUUGGAGUGUGGUAAAUUACUUAGAGGGGACAAUUGAGGCUGAUGCUCAGGUUCCCGGCUUGGGCAAUGUGGGAACUCGGAAGAAGUUAUGGGUUGGGGUAAGGGAAUGAGUUCACUCUGGCUAUGAGCAGACUUGGUUUGAGGUCUCAUGUCAGACGUACUUGAAAAUGUCCAAGAGUUAGCUGGAUAUGAUACUCCCUUGCCAUGCUGGGCUGUGGCAGUGAGCCACGGCUCCCAGUGGGUAAGUUAAGAAUGGAAAUCUGGAACACAGCAGCUUUUAAACGGUGCGUUGGGGAAGUUCAGUUUAUAGCAAUACACUGGGACAGAUGAAACUGUCUUGGGUUAGAGAAACAACAGACAAUAGGAAACUGUGUCAUCGAGGAGAAGCCAGGAUUCAGCAGACAUAUAUUAUUCAGGUAGCUGAGGGAGGGGACACGAACCUCAACCUUCAACAGAAGCAAACAAACUGGAACGGAGGGCCCAGCCCCAUGAAGGUGACCAGAAGGACCCCAUGCUGCAGGCUGUGUGGGUAGCUGAGCAGAGCUAAGCAGCUUGAUGGAACAACAUCUCUCCAGCUGGUUGAAGACAAGCUCUCGGAAGACAGUGCUGCAUGGCACAGCCCCGACAACCAACAACACCAGCCUGACAACCUGCUGGGGUGACUGCCGGGGGGUCUGAGGUGGCUGUCUGAGCUAUGUGGUCUGAGCUCACGCGGCAGGCCUUGUAGCACUGCCUUCACACAGACUGGAAGUGCCCACAGGUGGUGAGGAUACCGCUUUACAAUGAUGCAGGAGGCCUCAUGUCACCCUCACUCACGGGAAGUUUGACUUGGUGGACUCAGCCACGCCACAGAGGUCUAACGCUUCUCUGUGGUGAUUUCAGGCUGCCCUGGCGGAGAGCACAGUGCCUGCAGACAUGUCACCGCUCCAUGAAUCAAUGCUGGCAGUCCUUGGGGCUCUAUGUGUAUAUGGUGCAGCUCACCUAGAGCAACCUCAAAUUUCCAGUACUAAAACUCUGUCAAAAACAGCCCGCCUGGAAUGUGUGGUGUUUGGAGUAACAAUUUCUGCGACAGCUAUAUAUUGGUAUCGAGAAAGACCUGGUGAAGCCAUACAGCUCCUGGUGUACAUUUCAUCUGAUGGCAGUGUCAGAAUGGAAUCAGGCAUUACGUCAGGCAAGUUUGAGGUGGAUAGGAUACCAGAAACAUCUACAUCUACCCUCACCAUUCACAAUGUGGAGAAAAAAGACAUAGCUACCUACUAUUGUGCCUUCUGGGAGGUGCACAAGUCUGGUAAAAAAUUCAAGAUGUUUGGUCCCGGAACAAAGCUCAUCGUUACAGAUGGAUAUAUUGGUGCAGACAUUUCCCCCAAGCCCACUGUUUUUCUUCCUUCAAUUGCUGAAACAAAACUCCACAAGGCUGGAACAUAUCUUUGUCUUCUUGAGAAAUUUUUCCCGGAUGUUAUUAAUAUACAUUGGCAAGAAAAGAAUAGCAACACGAUUCUGGAAUCCCAGGAGGGAAACACCAUGAAGACUAAUGACACAUACAUGAAAUUUAGCUGGUUAACGGUGCCAGAAAAGUCACUGCAUAAAGAACACAGAUGUAUCGUCAGACAUGAGAAUAACAAAAAAGGAGUUGAUCAAGAAAUUAUCUUUCCUCCAAUAAAGACAGAUGUCAUCUCAAUGGAUCCCAAAGACAGUUGUUCGAAAGAUACAAGUGAUGCACUGCUGCUGCAGCUCACAAACACCGCUGCAUAUUACACGUACCUCCUCCUGCUCCUCAAGAGUGUGGUCUAUUUUGCCAUCAUCACCUUCUGUCUGCUUAGAGGAACGGCUGCCUGCUGCAAUGGGGAGAGAUCGUAAGAGACGGUGGCAUAAGGAGGCCAUCUUUUCUUCAUCAUUUAUUGUCUUUAGAAGCGUCUGCUGAGGAUCUAGCUGGGCUUUUUUCCUGGGUCAGGGCUAUUUCAGUUCUCAUGUGUGUGCUAUUCUGUCAUUAUUAUAUAAUUGUUUUCAAACCAGCGGGCACACAGAAAACCUCACUCUGUAAUAACAAUGAGGAACAGCCAUGGCAGUCUCUAGCACCACUCUCUCCAAAUUCUCCGUAGCUCCUCCAGCCAACCCAAAUAGCCACUGCCAUAGUGUAGACAGCCUGCGGCUUCUAGCCUCGUUCCUCCCUUAGUGUUCUUUAGUCAGAAAACUGCCUGGAAGCCUUUCAUUUUACAUGCCCUGAAGCAGCCUUCUUUGCUAGUUAAAUUAUGUGGUGUGUUUUUCAUAAUAGGCGAAAUAAAUUUUUUAAAAAUGAAAAGUUGA